CUGGGCUGGCGGCGGCGGUUGCCGAGGCGACGGCUGGAGCGGUGGCGGCCGAGCAGCAGAGCUUUUUGCUGUGAGAACUAACAGUAACAGUUCAAUAUGGAGGAUAUUCUGGCUCACGAAUCAGAGUUACUUGGACUAGUGAAAGAGUAUUUAGAUUUUGCUGAAUUUGAAGACACCUUGAAAACAUUUUCAAAAGAAUGCAAAAUAAAAGGAAAACCAUUAUCUAAAACAGCAGGUGGCUCUUUAAGGGACUCCAAAUCAUUGAUAAUCCAGAGGGACCUCGUUGCUGCGUUUGACAGCGGAGACCAGAAGGUGUUCUUCGAUUUGUGGGAAGAGCACAUUCCCAGUUUCAUCCGAGCUGGUGACUCCCUCGCCCAGAAGUUGGAAUUCUAUCUUCACAUCCAUUUUGCCAUCUAUCUUCUGAAACACUCCAUGGGGAGACCUGACAAAGAAGAACUGGAUGAAAGGAUUUCUUAUUUCAAAACCUACCUGGAAACCAAAGGGGCAGCCCUGAGCCAGACCGCGGAGUUUCUCCCUUUCUAUGCCCUGCCUUUUGUUCCCAACCCUAUGGUCCACCCCUCAUUUAAAGAACUCUUCCAGGAUUCUUGGACUCCAGAAUUGAAGUUGAAGUUGGAAAAGUUUCUGGGUUUAAUUUUUAAAGCGAGUAACACGCCAAAGCUUUUAACGUUGUAUAAGGAGAAUGGACAAAGUAACAAAGAAAUGUUGCAGCAGCUCCACCAGCAGCUGGUAGAAGCUGAGCGAAGGUCAAUGACAUACCUGAAACGGUACAAUAAGAUCCAGGCGGACUACCACAAUCUCAUUGGAGUCACAGCAGAGCUGGUGGAUUCUCUGGAGGCCACAGUCAGUGGCAAGAUGAUCACCCCAGAGUACCUGCAGAGCGUCUGCGUCCGCCUCUUCAGCAACCAGAUGCGGCAGAGCCUGGCACACAGCGUGGACUUCACGAGGCCCGGGACGGCUUCAACCAUGUUAAGAGCCUCCUUGGCACCCGCGAAAUUGAAGGAUGUCCCAUUACUGCCCUCCUUGGAUUAUGAAAAACUGAAGAAGGAUUUGACUUUGGGGAGUGACCGCUUGAAAGCCUUCUUGUUGCAGGCUCUGCGCUGGCGCUUGACCACGUCCCAUCCUGGAGAGCAGAGGGAGACUGUCCUGCAGGCGUACAUCAGCAACGACCUCUUGGACUGUCAUAGCCACAGCCAGAGGGGCGUGCUGCAGCUGCUGCACUCCAGGAGUGAGGUGGUGCGGCAGUACAUGGCCAGGCUCAUCAACGCCUUUGCCUCCCUGGCAGAAGGUCGCCUCUACCUAGCCCAGAGCACAAAGGUGCUGCGGAUGCUGGAGGAGAGGCUGAAGGAGGAAGACAAGGACAUCAUCACCCGGGAGAAUGUUCUUGGGGCCUUGCAGAAGUUCAGCCUCAGGCGCCCGCUGCAGACAGCGAUGAUUCGAGAUGGCCUCAUCUUCUGGCUCAUUGAUAUUCUGAAGGACCCCGACUGCCUGUCUGACUACACCCUGGAGUAUUCGGUGGCUCUGCUCAUGAACCUCUGCCUCCGGAGCGCAGGGAAGAACAUGUGUGCCAAGGUGGCAGGCCUCGUGCUGAAAGUUCUUUCAGAUCUGCUCGGCCACGAAAACCACGAGAUACAGCCAUAUGUGAAUGGAGCUUUGUACAGCAUUCUUUCUAUUCCAUCCAUUCGUGAGGAAGCAAGAGCAAUGGGAAUGGAAGACAUCCUUCGCUGCUUCAUCAAAGAAGGCAAUGCUGAAAUGAUCCGCCAGAUUGAAUUUAUCAUCAAGCAGCUAAAUUCAGAAGAGCUGCUGGAUGGUGUUCUUGAAUCUGAUGAUGAUGAAGAUGAAGACGAUGAAGAGGACCAUGACACUAUGGAAGCUGAUCUGGACAAAGACGAGCUGAUCCAGCCCCAGCUUGGAGAACUCUCAGGCGAGAAGCUUCUGACCACAGAGUACUUGGGAAUCAUGACCAACACGGGGAGGACGAGGCGGAAGGGGCUGACCGGCGUGCAGUGGAGCGGGGACGAGCCCCUGCGCCGGCCCGUCACCCCUGGCGGCCACAGGAACGGGUACCCAGUCCUGGAAGACCAUCCCAUUUCUCCCCAGAUGGCCCGGCACACCAGAAACGGCUGCCUUCCGUCCCUGCUGGACGCCUACCUCCCAGUCGACGAGGGGGCCGCCGUGGACGCCAAGCCAGGAGCGUGGUUGCCAGCAGGACGUCACGGAGAGCCUCGCCUGCCCGCCUCGGGGGCCCCCAGCCAGCCAAGGGAGGUGCCCCGGGCCCUGGGCAGUGGAGAGACCACCAGACACCACGUGGCAGCUCACGACGACAGAUACGGCGCAUCAGCUAAAAGAAACGACAAACUAACAGCAAGGAAGCUGGGGAAAUUAGGACGGCAUAGCUGUGUGGUUACACCCGCGUGUGCGCACGAACACACACAUGUGUGAACUGUUGAUGAGGUCUCCAUGCCUGCCUUCAUCUGGUGUGUGGUCUCCCCGGUCCCAGCCUGUCUGGGUUUUGUUGUAGCCCAGACACACUGUCCGCAGCAAUGACCGAGAGCCAGUUGGGAAUGUGACGAGCAGAGUCCACUUAGGGGACCCCUGAGCACUUUCACUUGCACGGUAAUGCUAACGAUGGCUCCCAGGACCUGAGAGGACACAGGAUCCUCUGCGGUGGAGAAGGCUCCACUGCGGGAUUAUGACUCAGCAGCAUUCCAAACGCAAGUCAAGAUUAAAUAUCUCCAAAAGCCUUUUAUUGCUGUUCGCUUCCCACACAAUGUUCCUAUUGAUGAGCGGAGAUAAUAUAAGCAGGCCGGGCCUCUCAGAUCAAAAAUGGCCUAUCUCGCGGGGCCCCUCCUGCAGUUUACGCAUAUGCUGAAGUUUGCUAUCUGCCUGGACCGUCACCAUGUGUUCCUGCAGCAAUACUUUUUUCUGAGUCAAAGGUGACUGCCAUCCUGAACUUCCCGUCGCUGUCUUUUACUCCUCUGCCCCAGUCUUGCCUCUUCUCCUGCCAGAGCAUCCCCAUUUCCCAGCUCUGGUUCCUGGCUGCCCAUGCUGCUGAGCUCGCCAUUCUGGGGAAAUGGCGGCCCUGAGGCCACUCAGGGGCCAAGCUGACCCUUACUGACAGCCGUCCAGCCUGCCUCCCAUGUUGUCCUUCCCAGAAGGUCCUCAUGUCGUCAUCCCUGUGGAGUUCAAGGACGGUGACCAGCAUCCUCAGUCAACACAGCCGCCUCCUGCAGCAGCCCCCAAGGCGGUUUGGAGAACUUCCUGGGGGUAGGCUCUGCCAAGCCAAGGGGUGGCUCCCUGGUGCUCUGCCAAGGGCCACUUUCUCCAAUGCCAGAGAGAGGAGCCAGCCGGAGCGGGCCCGUCUGAGAAUGGUCUUCCGCCACAACACUACCCUGGGCCAAACAAAGGGCAUGUCCUGGGGCAGAAAGGAGGCUGGCUCUUAAGGUGUAUUAGUCAGGGUUCUCCAGAGAAACAGAAGCAACAGGAUGUGUAUAUAGAGAGAGAGAUUUAUUUUAAGGAAUUAACUCACAUAAUUGUAGAGGCUUGGCAAGUCCAAAAUCUGCAGGUGGCCCAGCAGGCUGGAGACUCAGGGAAGAGUUGCCAUUCGAAUCCAAAGGUAUUCUGUGGGCACAGUUCCUUCCGGCUCAGGAGAAGGUCAGUCUUUACUAUUCGCGCCUUCAACUGAUUGGAUGAGGCCCACCCACAUUAUGGAGGGCAAUCUGCUUUACUCAGAGUCCAACUAUUUAAGUGUAAAUCUCAUCCAGAAAACACCUGCACAGAAAUAUCCAGAACAAUGUUUGACCAAAUACCUGGGCACCAUGGCCCAGCAAAGUUGACACAUAAAAUUAACCCACCCAUAAGGGUUUUCAUACACAUUGUCAAAUUGCUCUCCCAAGAGUGGGGCCGUUUUCUGGUUGCCCUGGGGUUGGAUAUUAUGGAUUCCUAGCCCUGCUGCCCAGAACUUUCUCUCUCUUCGCUUCUUGCCGACUCGCCUCAGCUGCCCCCUGACCCUGCAACUUGACCUUGCUGCCCUAUGGCUUUGAGGCCCCGUAUGGUGAAACCAGCUGACCGUCCUGGACCUGCACAACUAGCCCCUCCAAAUCCGGCCCCCCUUCCCACGGCUGUGUGAUGGGACACCCCCAGGGGACCCAAGGCCUGCCCUCUGCCAUUGCCCCUGCCAGGAAGAGCUGCCAGUGUUCGCCUGAGUUGUUCUCACUAGUUUCUCUCAGUUGCUCCUUCUUAAAAUGUAGUAGGGCUACAUUUAAAAACGGUCAAGAUGGUAACUUUUAUGUUGUGUGCAUUUUACCGCCACUUAAAAAUAAUGAACUUCUAUAACGAUAAAAAUAUGAAAAUAAGAAUAGCAAGAUAGGAAAAAGAAGUCGUUUGACCUAAAUGGAGUUAAAAGAAAACCCGCUCCCUAGACCCGAUAGAAAGCUCCUUUAUAUCUGUAAGAAAAGCAUCCGCAAUGAGAUUCAUCUCAUUCUUUGACGAUCUCGGUCCCCUGGUCUGACAGGCCCCUUAUCUGUGAGCUCCUCAAGCACAGGAAUUUGGUCUAGUUGACCUCUGACCCCUGGUUCCUGGCAUAGUUCUUAGCCCACGUGUGCGUUAUCACUGAAUGAUGGAAAAACACAACAUUAGGGAAAGAUGUAAGAGAUGACGGUAUAUCAGUCAGCUAGAAUUGUCCCCAAGCAAUAUAAACAGUAAUGACAGAGGCCACUCAGACACGUGGAGAGAGAACAGAGAAGGCUCAUAAAGACAGGGCAACACAGAAGAGAAUGUAUGACUGCAGCCACAUCAAAACGUGCAUGCGUGCACAAGGCGUGACGUGGAAAACGUUCAGGGGGAUAAUAUUUGUGAGUGAUGUAAAAAAAUAAAAUUUCUUUUUAGAGAGAAAAUUAUUUUAAAGUUAAAAAAAAAUGCCCUAGGCCUAAGGCUCUCCUGGUGUGAAGGACUUUCCUGCCUAAGAUGGGCAGUGUUUAUGCCAGUCUUUUCCCGAAUCUGAAUUUGGAAACGUUUUACAUGUUUAAGUUUUAUUUUUCUAAUUAUUCAGAUAAUAUAUUCUCAGUGUAAAAAAGGCAGGGAGGCAUAUGGAAAUAGAGAAAUGAAUCAAAUAAAUGCCACAGUUUCUUCCCAAGUCGCACUCCCCAGAGCUGAAACCCCUAUUUGUGGGGCGCUUACCACGGCUGGGCCCCAGGCACGACCUCACUGAAUCGUCAGAGCUGUCCUAUAGAUGUUUUACAGGUAGGGAAACUGAGGCUCCCAAAAUGUCAGCAGACCUGCCCGCGUUCUGUCACCAGCUAGAGAGCAGCAGAGCAAGACUGAGGGUCUGGGCCCUUCCAAAGAAUGCAGCCCCUGGGCGCACCCCACCUCCCCCACCGCCCUCCUCACUGGAUCCUGUGCCACACACACACACACACACACACACACACACACACACACACACUCACUCAUACCUCUGCACUGGGAAGCCUUGCAGCCUGUCAGUAGCUCCCUGGCCUGGCCGGGGGACCCUCACUUGCCUAGCACGAUGUCUGUCUGCUUGCUGUGGGCUGACUGUGUGAAGCCCACAGACUGAGGCGCCCACUUAGGGAAGGGAAGCCAGACCUGCCGUUUGCAGAGCAUCCGCUGCACGCUGGGAGCUGGGCUGAUGCUUCCAUUAGGUCAUUCACUGCUGACAGUAAGGGCGACUGCCUGGGACUCCGGUCUUCAGAGUUGUAGUCAGGAAAAUGGGCACAUAGAUAGCAAGGGUCCCAGAAGUCGAGGUGGGAGCCAGAGUUGUGCCUGCCAGCAGCUCAUUGACAGCCAGAGAGCAAAGGGCUGAGCGGGGGAAUGACAUCUCCAACCGCAGCCGCGCAGCAUGGGAGGUCACAGAGUCAGGAUCCCACUCCCAAGACUUCUUGUCUAACAGCAUGAAGCUGCAGUGGCUGCAGGCGCUGGAGGAAAGGAGGGAGCUGGCUCCAAGACAUGGCCAGCACGUCUCUGUCAUGCUGGCCCGUAGGGCUGGGAUCCUGAGCAUGUCUGGAAGAGGGUUGGCUGUAAGAUGCCACUGGGCUCAAAUCUUGGCCUCGCUACUGCUUGUUGUGUGUAUGACCUUGGGAAAGGUCAUGGACUCGGAGCCUCAGUUUCUACAUCUGAAAAAUGGGGUAGUAAUGCCUGUCUCUCAAAGGAUUGUUUGGGGGUUUAAUGUCACCCUCUCAGCAAGGCCUUCCCUGGCCACCCCGUUGAAAAUUCGUUUCCUAUUCUUCCUGUAAGAAAGUGCCACAAAUUGAGUGACCGGAACACAAAUCUAUCAUCUUACAGUUCUGUAGGUUAGAAGCCAACACAGACUUCACUGCGCUGGAAUCAAGAUGUCCACAGACAUGUUGCUUUCUGGAGUUCUAGGGGGAGUCUCCUUUCUGUCUUGUCUGGCUUCUAGCGGCCACCUGCCCUCUUUAGCUCGUGGCCCCUUCCUCCGCCUUGGAAGCCUUGCAUCUCUGUGCCUUUCCCCCACAGUCACACCGAUUUCUCUGAAUCUCUUCUUCUGCCUCUCUCUCCCACCAGUAAGGGCCUUCGUGAUUACCGUGGCCCACCCUGGUCAUCUAGGAUAGUCUCCCAAUCUGAAAGUCAGCAGGUUUGCAACCCCACUUCCAUCAGCAGCCUUAAUUCCCCUUUGUCACAUGAGGUUCCAAGGAGUGGGAAGUGGACGUAACUGGGGACUGUUACUCUGCCAGCUACACCCUCCCUGGCGUCCAGUCUAACGUGUCAAGACUCUCCCAUCUCCCCUUCCUUUCCCUGCUUCAUCUCCUCCUUGGCGUUUGUUUCUUUUUUAUUAUCUCCUUCCUCCCCUCGAAUGUGAGCUCCAUGGGGGCAGGGGUUUAUUCUCCACCCCACGCCCAGCCCGUGCUCAGGACGGUGCCUGCCCGGCAUCCAUCAGUGCUUGGAGAAGGAGUCUUCCUUCCUCCUGUGACUCCUAACCAUGCAGUAGCUGCUGUGACUCCGGAUUGCACAUUUUGUUCCAGGGAAUUUACAUCAGCUGUCACCUGCAAGCCCCGGACGCCCUGCACCCCAGAGAUCCUGGACCUGACCCCACCCAAGGCCAAGGCGUCGGCUCUGGCCCCUCAGUUCUCCUCGUGUGGCCCCCAGCAGGCUAGC